UUAUUCAGAUAUCAUCACGGUUUCCGCUUUGGUCUGGUGUAAAUUAAGAAUACGGAGACGUGUGUUAGACUUGUUUGUUAGCCAAAAUCAUAUUGGGAGAAAAUGCCCUUAAUUAUAAUAUGUGGCUUUCCUUGCAGCGGCAAAAGUCGUCGAGCUCAGGAAUUAAGAGAUUACUUCAUCAAAAACACAGAUAAGCAAGUUUGCAUAAUUGGAGAUGAAAUACAUGGUAUUGAUAAGAACGUGGUGUAUGCAGACUCUCAGAAGGAGAAACAUUUGAGAGGUACUUUGCGGUCUGAAGUUGAAAGGAAAAUCAACAAAGAUCAUAUUGUAAUUCUGGAUUCCUUGAAUUACAUUAAAGGUUACAGAUAUGAGCUCUUUUGUCUGAUCAAGCAUGUGCAAACACCACACUGUUUGGUCUACUGUUUGACAACUGUGGCACUAAGCUCAUACUGGAACAAGGAAAGAGAAGAUGAUAAUCGAUACUCCCAGGAAAUUCUAGAUGCUCUGAUUCUGAGAUUUGAAUCCCCUGAUUCCAGAAAUAGAUGGGAUAGUCCUCUCUUUACUAUUCAGAAAGAGGAAAGACUUCCAUUUGAAGCUAUCUCUGAUGCCAUUUUGAAAAGGAAAGUUCAACCACCUAACCAGUCUACACAAAGUCAACCACUAUCAUCUUCUAACUUUUUGUUUGAGCUGGACAGAGUUACUCAAGAUGUCUUAAUGGCUGUCCUUGAGUCACAGAAGACCAGAAUUCCUGGGCAUGUCAUUGCAAUUCCAGGAACUACAGAAAAGAUCGAUGUAACAAGAAGCCUUAACAUAACUGAACUGGGGAAACUUCGGCGACAGUUUAUCAGUUACACCAAGAUGCACCCAACAGAGAACACUGGACAGAUCGCCAAUAUGUUUGUGCAGUACCUCAACAAGAGCAUGCACUGAAAAUUGGCAAUAAAUUUAACAGCACCUGUUUUUGCUUUUUUUUUUUUUUCUUCUGUGUAAUGUUUUAAGAGUUUUAAUUACUCAUUAUGUUUAACAUGAUUUAGAUGAUAGAGUUUAAUAAAUAGUAAAUAUAUUUUAGAGAACUUACACUUAUUUUUUAACAAUCUAUUAUAUUUGAUUAUACUAUAGUGGUAAAUUGUUCAAGUUGUCUGCUAUAUACUUAUGUUCAAAUAUUUGUCCUUUAAACCAGAAUGUGAGCACAAGAGGGCAAUGUGUUACUCAUUUUGCUUAAUUGUAUUUGUUCAAUCAAGGUCAGUCAGGUGUAUUGGGACAUUAUAGCCAUUAAUCUAUUUACGUUUGACAAAAAAGUUUCUAUAUAUAAUAUCUUUUUAUGCAUAAGAUGUCAUUUCACAGCAAAAGGUGCUUUAUAUUUUACACUAAUCAAGUAGAGUAUGAUGCGCUGUUCAGUGUCUGAUAGAAUUUUUGAGUUCACUUGGAGAAGAGGUCUGAGUCGUGCUGCUGCCACUACCUCUGAGCUGAUAUCAGGAAAAACAAUGCUAAAAAAAAACCUUAGAUACAGUGAUAGGAUAGCAAAAUGUCAAAGUUUACAGAGAACAAAAAGGAGUGUUUAUACCAAAGAAAUGUGUAGUGUGCUGUUGUAACAUUGUUAAACAAAAGAGGUCAACAGAAACAGACAUGGUGAUUUGCUUGUUAUGAAAUGUCUGUGCACAGGCUCAUAAGGAGUCACAAGGUCAUAAAUGAGAAAAUAAAUAAAUAUUUUCAGCCUCUGGCAAA